CUCAGAAGAGAUAUUCGGUCACGAUGACACCUACAAAGAUUCUGAUCUGCCUCACAUGGUUGUUCUUGUGCAAAAUGGUUGGGAUGACCAAUCUGUCUUCAUCUGGUCGUCAACAGAGACAUUUUGUUUCAGCUCAUGUUGGUGAAAGUAUAACUUUGCAGUGUUUCUAUGACAAGGAGGUACAAAAGAUUCUCUGGUAUAAGCAAACUUUUGGACACAAACCAAGGCUCAUCGUGACCUUCUUCCCAGCUAAUAAAACAAACACUUUUUCUGAUGAAUGCAAGGACAAUUCUCGUUUUACACUGGAUCAUGAAAAUGGCAAAACUCUCUUGAAGGUGUCAGAUUUACAUGUUUCAGACUCAGCUAUUUACAUCUGUGUAUUCGCUUAUCGCUUUGUAUUUGAAUUUAGAGAAGCCCACACUGUGAGUGUGGAGGGUUCAGGGUUGAACAUCAGAGCUCUGGUCCAACAGUCAUCGUCUGAGGAGAUCCAGCCAGGAGGAUCUGUGACCCUCAGCUGUACAGUUCAGACAGGGAUGUGUGAUGGAGAACACUGUGUUUAUUGGUUCAAGGACUCUCAAGAAUCUCACCAAGGAAUCAUUUACACCCAUGGAAACAACAGUGAUCAGUGCGAUGCUCCAACUCACUCCUGUGUCUACAGCCUGUCGAUGGAGAACUUAAAUCUCUCUCAUGCUGGGAUCUACUACUGUGCUGUCGCUACAUGUGGACGCACCGUCUUUGGAGACAGGACCAAACCUGACACUCGUGUCUUGGUGUAUUUCUUGAGUAGCACCUUGGCAUUAACCAUCACCAUGAGCAUUUUACUGGCCUUCUUGUUGUACAUGUUACAUCAACGAAAGAGCUGCAAAUAUGCAGAAACUCCUGCAAGAUUUUCAGCUUCUCCCCCAGUCAACGCAGAGAGUUACAAAAGUGAAGAAAACCUCCAUUAUUCUUCUGUAAGAGCGAAAAAAUCAAACGGACCCAAAAGAAAAAGGAAUGAAACAGAAGACGGAUGUGUCUUCGCAAGUGUGAAGCAGUGAAGACUUCAGCUCUGUCUCUUUUUUGUGUCAUUUAAAGUCUUAUUACUUUACUUUGCUAUAAAUAAUCUCUUCUAAUGGGCAUUUUGAAAGAUUUGAUGUUCAGAUUAUUAUGUUGAAUAAACUGACUAUACAAAACAAGAGCAAACUAUAUGAAUACGGCUGUUUGAAAUUGGUGCAUGUGGAGUGGAUGUAAUAAACAUGAGAAAUGUGGUUUGUGUUAAUUUAACUCAAAGGGUAAUAAA